AUGGAUAGUGAAGGUUACCGUAGCGAAACAGUUAUAGAACGGCGGAGGAAAAAGAGAGAAAAUUUGACAAAUUUCUCGUGUAUAUCGCCGCGGUUGAUUCUUUCACGGUGGCUCAAUGGGGAGAACUUGAGUUCAGAGAAGACAGUGAACAGAAGAGAGAAGAAAGAGAAGGUGUGUGCACGAUUUGAUGUGAAGAGCAAAAAUAAGGCUGUCAAGAAGUGCCACUCGUCUGUUUCUUCUUCCCCAGAAGAGCCAGCAGUCCAUGCAAAAGAGGCCUCUUUCAACCUUGGAAUUGGAUUUGGUCUAAUUUAUCUCAUUGCUGCAAGCAGAAGUGAACUUAGCCAAAUGGUGGAGUUGCACAAACAAAUGAAAAUGCUGCUUCAAAAUUUGCGAACAGAAGUCAAAAAUCAAGAGAAUACAUUGUUAAUGCCAUCUGAGUCCAGAAUUUCUAGCUCUUUCGCUGAGACUGGUGCCCAAGAAGUUUUGUGCACUAAGGAAAAUGCUUUUUAUCAAUAUUCAUCUUCGAAUGACAUCGAAAACUCAGAAGUCACUCUAGGCUGUAGUCAGUAUCCAUACAAGAAGAUAUACAAGCGAGAAAGAAGUUUAAGAAUGGAUCAGCUUGAAGCAGAACUUGAGGAUGAAUUUUGUCGUCUGCAACUCCACAUGGAUAAAGAAUACACGUUGGAGUACAAAAAGCAGCAACUUACGGAGAUUAAUCUAGAGGACACUGCACCUGAAGAGACCCUCAGUACAAGGUCUAGAGAAAUUAUCGACCAGCCUGAGCCGAGAGAAUACUAUGGAGUUCAUCCUAGCGAGCUCGCAUAUAGAUUGCACGAACUUCUAGAAGAAAGACAGCAAGAAAGGAUAAAAGAGCUUGAAUCAGCUUUAGAAUGUGCAAUGCACAAGCUUCAUGAGAAAGAGAGAGAACUCUCUUGGUGGAAAGACACUGCGACCUUUCUAAGCCCAUUCCAGUCAAUAGCCUGUCAAAGUAGGCGAAAGAUCCCAAGACAACUUCUUGAAAGUUGA